AUGGCUGUGCCAUCGGACGACAGACCGCCCGGCGCGGUCAAGCAGACUUUCUACGACGACAGCCAGUCUGCUUCGCAGGACCCGGCACCUCUAGCUAAUGGACAGGCCAAUCUCUCCCUCAGACCGCACGACCAGGCCGAAUCUUCAGCCCUGUCACCCACUUCAUACGACCGAUCACGGCCUUCGGUAGACAACCCAAAUGAAGGGGGAAGCAAAGAGCGAUCCAAGUCGAAUGGGAGGAGGCCCAGCGGACAGCAGAGAGUAUGCGGUAAGUGUCAGAGACAUCUGACAGGACAGUUCGUGCGGGCGUUGGGGGAUACAUAUCAUCUGGAAUGCUUCACGUGUCAUGACUGUGGCAAGAUUGUGGCCUCCAAGUUCUUCCCUGUACCCGACCAGCCGCCGAAUCAAUAUCCCCUCUGCGAAACCGACUACUUCAAGAGACUGGACCUUCUCUGUUACGCUUGUGGAGGUGCAUUGCGAGGAUCAUACAUCACGGCGCUGGACCGCAAAUACCAUAUCGAACACUUCACCUGUUCCGUUUGUCCGACCGUCUUCGGCGCGCAGGAUUCAUACUACGAACAUGAAGGAAGUGUGUACUGUCAUUUCCACUACUCCACCAAAUUCGCGCAGAAAUGCAACGGAUGCCAGACCGCCAUUCUAAAGCAGUUUGUGGAGAUCUUCCGAAAUGGCGUCAACCAACACUGGCAUCCAGAAUGCUACAUGAUUCACAAGUACUGGAACGUCCGUCUACACGCGUCGCCGCCAAAAGGGUCAGAAGAAGAAGCUGCGCUCGAGAGGCUGAGGUUGGAACAAGAGAAAAACGAAGGUGAUGCCAGCGAAGACGAGCGAAGAGUUGUGCGGAAUGAAGAAGAAGCAGUUGAAUACAAGGUUCACUGGAUAUGGCACACACUCUCAACUUUUGAAGAACGAUCAGCCACCUGCAUCUCGGACAUGUUGUUACACGUUAGUAAUGGCGCAUACAUGGACGGGGUGGUGGCGGCUAAGAAGUUCAUCACACACGUGGAUCUGUUGUUUGGCGCUGCGGACGACCUCGACCACCGGUUGCAAGUACGGCCGAACAAGAAUGCGGAAAAGGGUGUGAGGACGUUUGAAGCUAUUGUGCACCCAGGCUUGAGCUACAGCAGAGAGGCGAAGCUGUUGUGCAAGAAGGUGGUUGCAUUCUUCCAGCUGCUGGCAGAGAACCAAGAUAAUGGUGUUCGAAGGCUGGGUGUCACCCAAGAACUGCUAUCUCUGGUUACUGGACUCGCACAUUAUCUCAAGCUCAUGAUUCGGAUAUGUCUUUCGGGCGCACUCAAGCUUGAGCGGGAGACGUCGAGCGCCGAAGGUCUGGAGAGUUUCCUUGAAGACAUCAGCAAACUGGACGAUCGCCUCGAUGCCGAAAGCCAGCGAGACUCACGGGCCGAAGCGGAUAUCUACGUCGACAAGAGCGCAGAUACGUGCGUAGUCUGCAGCAAGGCUGUGGAGGACAAGUGCUACCGACGCGAGAACCGAGUACUGCAUACACAAUGUAUGUGCUGCGCGAAAUGUGGCAGAGACUUCAGCGACGAUCCAGGAGAUGCACGGUGGAGUGAGCAAACCCAACGGGUGUGGUGCUCUACCCAUGCGCCAUCUGAUGCCCGAGCUGGAGGCUUCAUUCCAGUGACAAGACUGCAGCAAUACGUUCACCUCUUACGCGUGGCCCAUGCAAGACUGCUAGCUACGUUGAGGACCAGCGGCGCUUUACCACAUACAAGUGACGACCCUAACUUGACCGGUUACAAUUCACGAGAAGGCCACACAUCGGGAAGCGAGGACCAGCCACCUCUACUGCGGUCGAACACGAGGUCAAGAUCUUAUGCUGGGAGGUCUGGAGCACAACGAGCACAUGGCGACACAAGCUAUGAGGACACGAUGGGCGAUAUUCGUCGCUUGAGGAGCACGAGAAUGGAUAAGCACCUUUCUAAUGCCACCCGAAAAGCACGUACGUCGAGGAUAAUUGAUGGUCCAGAAGGGAUGCGGCCUGGCUCCGCAGACGGCAAAGACCACAAUCGCAGGAGGACGAGUACUUUCCAGAUUGUUGAGGACCGAGAUGCAAAUGGUGAAGCCGUCACGCAUCUGGCAUUCGGUAAGAACGAUGCCAUGACGUUGGACGACAUCCCCAGGAUAGUUCAAGCACAGCAGACGCGAGAACAACGGCCGAAUGCAUCGCGGUUCGCCCGAUCGCCAAUGUUACCGCAAGAGCCAGUACCACGACUCGUCAAUGGCCACAUGCGAGAUGCUUCAGGCGACGCGACAGACAAGUUGGAGGCUAGACCGCCUGGAACGAAGAAGUACUUCUCAGAGCUCACAGCACUUGAGUACUUCAUCGUGAGGCAUGUUGCCGUGCUUUCGAUGGAGCCACUGCUAGAAGGCCACUUCAAUCAAGAAGAACUCCUUGACUUGAUUGAGACGAAGCGACCCACGUUCUGGAGCAAGUUCGGCAAGGCUUUCCAGGGCAACAAAGACAAGAAGGAUAAGCGACCCAAGAACGCCAUCUUCGGUAUACCCCUCGAGCAGCUCAUCGAACGCGACUACGAAGAGAGCACGGACGGCGUCGGCCCAGGAUCACUCAAAAUUCCGUCACUGGUGCAAGAAUGUAUCACGGCAAUGAGGACUAUGGACAUGUCUGUCGAGGGUGUCUUCCGUAAGAACGGGAACAUCAAGCGACUCAACGAUGUGAAGGAGGAAAUCGACACCAAGGGCGCUGUCGACGUCGACCUUUCCAAGGAGAAUCCAGUCCAGGUUGCGGCGUUGCUGAAGAAGUUCCUCCGCGAGCUGCCCGAUCCUCUGCUCACCCACAAGCUGCACAAUUUGUGGGUGGCAUCACAGAAGAUUGAGGAGAGUGACCGAAGGCGGCGAGUAUUGCACUUAACCUGCUGUCUCCUGCCUAAAGCACACCGAGAUACCAUGGAGGUGCUCUUCACAUUCUUGAACUGGGUCUCCAGUUUCAGCCAUGUCGAUGAAGAAAGCGGCAGCAAGAUGGACAUUCACAACUUGGCUACCGUCAUUACUCCCAACAUUUUGCAUCGUGGCAAGGAGAACGUGCCCGUGGACGACAGCUUCUUGGCCAUUGAAGCCGUGCACAGCUUGAUCGAGUGUAACGAGAGCAUGUGCGAGGUACCUGAAGAUCUAGCAUUGAUCCUCAACGACUCCUCGCUGUUCAGCAAGGACGCGGAUAUCACCACCAAGGAGAUCCUCAAGCGAUACGGUGACCGCGCAAAGGCUCCCACAGUCAACAACAGCCAAGGCCCCAACGUUGUGGCCGCCAACGGCACAACCUCACCCCAAGGUGCUGCGCCUGUCGUGACCAGAGUAGACACCGACCCGCACCAACAGACCGCCUGGCAAAACGAGAGUUCUGUCCGCCACGUGGGCGGCGAUCCCAUGACACCGCCAACGCUGCCCUAUGUCAACCCCAGUGCAAACACAGAAUCGCACGGCAGCCCGAACCGGGGCAGCAUGCGCUCUGGAGUCUACGACAAGCAACGAGCCAUGGGCAUGACAUGA